ACGACCAGCAAAUAACUCUACAGCUGGGAAGUAAGAAUUAUUUAUCCAGGCAAGCAAUGCGCUAACCAACAUGGCAGACUGAGCAUGUGAGAGAGCAUUGUUAAGAUGUCAUUUACGAUCAUCAAGGAUGUUUGCACUGUUGCAAUUUUACCCUUAUCUCAAGUGCAUCUUACGUGUGCCUUAUCAUAAAUUCCUUGACAUUUUGCCAUCAAAAUCUGUAUAAAUGCGGGGACCCUGAUGUCCUCUCCUUCAUCCGUUCUCCAGCCUUACAUUUGUCUCCAGAGAAAAGAGAGGUCCUAGCUGGAUUUCCACUAUGAAGACCCUUUUCCUGCUUUUUGCUGUGGCCUUCCUGGUGUUCCAGGUCCAGGGAAAUGCCAACCCAGAGGAAGAUGGAGGUGAUGCUAAAGAGGCAGAAGGAGCUGCUCACCCAAGAAGCAGCAUUGUGUGUAAAACUAUGGGAGGCAGUUGCAGACACAGUUGCUUACAUAAUGAGAAAAGUGUCGGAAAUUGCUUGCCGGGGAUCUACUGCUGCCAGGGUUUCUAAUAGAGAGCACAAACCCAAUGGAGACCUCAGCAAGA